UCACUCCGCUGCCGCUUCGUGCCCCCCCAGGCCUGAGGUCUGAUCCUGCGCCCAGCGCCAUGCCGAGGGAGAAGAAGGAGAGGGAUGCGAAGGAGCCGGGCACUAUGAAAGAAGAAAGCGGCACCGAUGUCCCUGUUCGCUCCAGGAAGAGGAAAGCAAAUGUGGCCGUUUUUUUGCAGGAUCCAGAUGAAGACAUUGCCAAAAUUGACAGGACUGUGAGAAGCCAGUGUGGCAGUCAGCCUUGGGACAGUAAUAAAGUCUGUGAAAACCCCUGCUCCUUGAUUCCCACACCUGACAAAGAAGAGGAUGAACUGGUAUACCCGAAUUCCGUGUAUAAGCCUCAGAGCUGCACACCGUCCAGAGCCUCACCGCUGCCCAUCCUGAACUGGGCAAAUAGAGAGGAGGUAUGGAAAAUCAUGUUGAAUAAGGAAAAGAUGUACUUGAGGGAUAAGCACUUUAUGCAGCGGCACCCUCUUCUGCAGCCUAAAAUGCGAGCGAUUCUCCUGGACUGGCUGAUGGAGGUGUGUGAAGUCUAUAAACUUCACAGAGAGACAUUUUACUUGGCACAGGAUUUCUUUGAUCGGUAUAUGGCAACACAACAAAAUGUUGUAAAAACACUCUUACAGCUUAUUGGAAUUUCAUCUUUAUUUAUUGCUGCCAAACUUGAGGAAAUUUAUCCUCCAAAGUUGCACCAGUUUGCUUAUGUUACAGAUGGGGCUUGUUCAGGAGAUGAAAUUCUUACCAUGGAAUUAAUCAUUAUGAAGGCCCUUAAGUGGCAUUUAAGUCCCCUAACCAUUGUGUCCUGGCUGAAUGUAUACAUGCAGGUUGCGUACCUAAAUGACUUUUAUGAAGUCCUCCUGCCACAGUACCCUCAGCAAGUCUUCAUACAGAUCGCGGAGCUUUUAGAUCUCUGUGUCCUGGAUGUCGGCUGCUUAGAAUUUCCCUAUGGUGUGCUUGCUGCUUCUGCCUUGUAUCAUUUCUCUUCAUCCGAACUGAUGCAAAAGGUUUCAGGGUAUCAGUGGUGUGAUAUAGAGAAGUGUGUCAAGUGGAUGGUUCCGUUUGCCAUGGUGAUAAGGGAGACAGGAAGUUCGAAACUUAAGCACUUCAGGGGAGUUCCUGCUGAAGAUGCGCACAACAUCCAGACCCAUAUAAACAGCUUGGAUUUGCUGGACAAAGCCCAAGCAAAGAAAGCCAUAUUGUCUGAAGAAAAUAGAAUUUCUCCUCUCCCCUCUGGAGUCCUCACCCCCCCACAGAGCAGUAAGAAGCAGAGCAGUGAGCAGGAAACAGCAUGACCACACCAGCAUCCUCCACCAAAGACAGCUGUGCGCAAGUGCCUGCUCCAAGUUCUCUCCUGUGUCCCGCAGCAGAGGCGUGCGUUCGCUUUUUCAGACAUUGAAAUGGAAGAGUGUGUCACUUCUGCAACAGAGGGUUUCUGUGGAUGGCAUUGGACAGGGAGAAGUGUGUUUUAUUGAAUGCUUAGAUUUUUUUAAUAAGUGGGUCAAGUACACCAGCCACCUCCAGAACACCAAUGAGUGCUCCAGAUGCUGCUAAGGAGGGUGAUACUUGACUUGAUUGACUAUUCACACAAAUAACAAAGGCUUGAAGUUGAGGAGCGCCACGUUGCUGCUGGCCUCCCCUCGGGUGUUCUGGGUUGUGUUGUAGUAAGUGGAACAGGUGGUUGUGAGCGUUGUGAUGCGGAGCCCACAACCAGCUGUGCUGGGGGCCUGCCCUUUUCCAUACUAUCAGUUGACAGUGUACAAUGCCUUUUAUGAACUAUUGUUUUGUAAGUGCUGCUACGUCUAUCCGUUUUUUAAUAAAGAUAACACUGUCUUUGA